AUGUCGAGUUCAAGACGAAUAGCAAGUCCGUCACCAAGCUUACGGCCAAUCUCAGCUAGGCGUGUUCACAACUCCGAGAGGCAGCAACUAAUCCAUACUGAUACCAGCAAGUACACCGACGAUUCAUCAAGUUCAGACACAAACUCAAUCAACUAUAAACAGUAUGCGCCUGCAUCCACAGUUAAUUUAGAACAUUUAGAAUGGAGCGACAUCCUCCCUUACUAUUUACCCUUCUUGUCGUGGAUCGGACAUUAUAGCUUUCGCUACUUCGUGGGAGACUUGAUUGGAGGCUUGACGUUGGUCUUCUUCCAGCUCCCUUUGUCGUUAUCGUAUGCAACCACGUUGGCACAUGUACCAGUGAUCUCGGGUUUAUACUCAUUGGGCAUUGCACCGUUCAUCUACUUGGUGUUUGGCAGUGUACCCCAAAUGGUGGUUGGGCCCGAGGCGCCCAUUUCGCUAGUUGUCGGACAAGCGGUUGAACCUCUACUUCAUCAUAUGAAAAAGAAGCAUUUGGACCCAUUGGAUUACGUAUCGGUGAUAACCUUCCUCAGUGGGGCUAGUUUAUUGGGGUUUGGAAUUGGAAGGUUGGGGUUCUUAGACAACGUUUUGAGUGGAUCGCUUUUGAAAGGUUUCAUUGCGGGAGUAGGGGUGGUUAUGAAUAUAAAUUCGCUUAUAAUUGUCCUAGGAUUGGAAAAGUUGAUGAAGGAUAUUUCUGAUGACCCGUCCCAGAUGGAUAUCCAUUCGCCGUUUGACAAGGUGGUGUUUUUGAUUAAAAAUGCAGGACAUUUUGAUCCAUUGAGUGCAAAGAUUAGCGCUAUUGGGUUUUCGAUAAUCAUACUCUGCAGAAUCAUCAAAAAGAGGAGCAAGAAUUCCUUGGUGGCUCUUUUCCCAGAGAUAAUGAUUGUCGUCGGUGGUGCAACUAUAUUUUGUCAGUACUUUAGAUGGGACCUUGAUGGUGUGGAUAUCAUUGGCAAGGUGAAAACUAAGGAGUCGUUGACAUUUUACAAUCCCCUAAGUCUGUGGAAGCUCAUAAAGCAGUUAGGCACCUCUGGGUUUCUUUGUGCCAUGUUGGGCUUUUUUGAAUCUACUACUGCGUCGAAAUCAUUGGGCACGAGAUUCGAUUUGCCCAUAUCUACAAACAGAGAGUUGGUUGCUUUGGGAAGUUUAAACUUGAUUGGCUCGUUGUUUGGUGCAUUACCCGCGUUUGGUGGCUAUGGCAGAAGCAAGAUUAACGCCAUAUCAGCCAAAACUACAAUGUCUGGAGCCAUAAUGGGCCUAUUGACCAUCCUCACGAUUCAGUUUCUCCUUGGGUACUUGUACUUUGUUCCUAAAUGUAUGUUGAGUGUUGUCACAAGCGUGAUUGGUAUCCUGUUGAUCGAGGAGGCUCCAUACGAGCUAGCAUUUUAUUGGAGAACUGGAGGGAAGGACGAAUUAAUCACCUUUGCAAUCACAGUACUCACUACGUUAUUAUUCUCCAUCGAGGGUGGAAUUGCUGUUGGACUUGUGUACUCCUUAAUCCGAGUCAUCAAGAAUUCCACUGCAUCGCGCAUACAAAUUUUGGGGAGAAUUCCCAAUUCGAACACAUUUGUUGAUGCUGAUAUCCCAGUGGAGGAAGUUGACGACAGCAUAUCGCGAUUGAACAUUUUCAACGACAUGAGACAGACGCUGCUAAACAUUGCAGCGAUUGAAGAAGUGGAAGGCUGUUUGAUUAUCAAGAUUCCAGAGCCGUUAAACUUCACCAAUAGUAGUGAUUUGGUGGCAAGGUUGAAAAGGGUGGAAAUGUAUGGCUCUACGCGGGCGCACCCAGCGCUGAAGAGAAGUCGUGAUCAGGAAAUGACCAGAUACGUGAUUUUCGAUGUCGACAGCAUGAACUCUAUCGACUCUUCAGCGGCGCAGACCAUGAAGAACUUGAUAACAAACUAUCAAAGACGAGGAAUCAGGUCUUUGUUUGUUCGUGUAUCUAGCAACGUCAAGCCUAUUUUAAGGCAAGCUGGUAUUCGCGAUCUUCUCAACCACGACGUACAAGAGUUGCGUUACAAUGAAAUACAAGAGUUUGCAAGCCACAGUGACAAUGAACCUGUACGGAGUUGUCGCGGUAUCCUAGGAAAUGGACCAUAUUUCGAACACAUUCUGGAUGCUUUGCGGUUGAUAGAUUGCUUUGAGAUGGUAUACGGUGAAGUGUAG